UCAGUCCAGACAGAAUCAAUUUUGUUGUGGUUCUUUGUGGACGUCCGUCGUAGAAAAUCCUCCCUUACUGCAUAGUUGUUGGUGAUUAUCGAUUAUUUGCAAAUAUUUCCCUUUUGCACUUUUGGAUUUUGUCGGAUAGAGAAGAUUCACAAAACCCAAGUGUUUCCACAAUGAAAUUCAUCCUACUCAUCGCCGGGCUGGUUGCGGGACUCGCUCUGGCCAACGGAGCCGUCAGCGGUGUCGGAACGUGCUCCAUCGACAAAGGAACGUGCACGUCUCUGUUCUCCGGAUUUCCGCACAUUCAGACCGACUUGAACAAGUACACCAAGCAGAUGCUGGACAAAUCGUUCGAUUUCCUGCUGCUGUCAUCCGUGUUCGACGUGUACAGCAUGGACCGACCGGGAUUCGAAAAGCUCUACCGUAAGGCAUCGGACAAGGCCUGGGAGGAUACGAUCGAUCUGAUCAAGUACCAAAGCCGCCGCGGUGCCAGCGUACAGGUGGGCGGUGGUGAAGGACCUAACACCAUCCACGACGUGGCCAGCUUGGUGCAGAGUAACGAGACUUCCUCGCUGGAACUAGCGCUGGAAUAUGAGAAAAUCCUGGCCACCGAAGCGCACCGUAUCCACAAGAAGAUUUCCCAUGCUGACAGCACCAAGCACUACGAUCCGGACGUGGCUCACUAUCUGGACGAGAAGUUGAUAGAGUACCAGAGCGGGCAGAUUCGCAAACUGUCCGGCUACAUUACCAAUCUGAACGACAUCAUCCGCGAGGCCAAUACCAAGGCGUUGGGCGUGCAGUUGUUCGACGAGUAUCUUGAUAAGGUGGAGUAAGGGCGUUUGGAUGCCAGACGUAGACUUGGUUCGGUGU